UCAGUAAUGUGCAUUCAUGUACAUUCCAAAUGGUUAUUCACAAAUGUUAUCUGCUAUGUAAGGUUUGGUUUCAGUUGGAUAAAUGUUACCAUUUGGCUGUUAGCAACGUUGGACGAAUAUUCAAAUAUGACUGGAUAAUAUUCAACGGCUGAAUAUGCAUUUUCGAAAGACUGCCAAGUAAAAUACUGAAUUUACGAUGGCGAAUCGAUUUGACUGUCCUGCUCCACCGUCAAGAAAAUACUAUGACAUUGCCGUUGUUGGGCGAGGCGGUACAGGAAAGUCCUCUUUUAUAAAUGCUGUUAGAAGUCUCAGCACGGACGAUUAUCGAGCUGCAACUGUAGGGUCCUUGGAUAAAUUACCAAAUCACUACCCUUACUUCGAUCCUAGAGACGAAAAUCUAAGAUUCUGGGAACUUCCUUCGAUACGAAAAAUGGAUUCGCAAACUAUAAGGGAGAUCUUCUUUGACAUGUAUGAUUUGGUUUUAAUUUUAACAGCCACUAGAUUAACUGAAGAAGAUGUGUGGCUUGCCAAUGAAGUAACCCGUGCCGCUAAACCAGUAUAUAUAAUAAAAAGUAAAAUAGACGUAGACAUACGCAAUGAGAGGCGUUAUCGUCCAAGAACACACGAUCAAGUGAACCUUAUACAAAGAAUCCGGCAGGAGUAUAUUAAAUCACUUGAAAGUAUAAAUUUACAUAUACCAGUAUUUUUGAUUGACAGCUUUGGAACAGACGAAUACGACUUUCCAGAGUUAGCCGAGAAAUUGCACAGAAAAGAGACAAUUGUGACAAAAGCAUGCACUUAUAAUAAAGAAGAGAAAGGUGUGACUGAUGAUGAAGGAGUCGUAACCAAGGCUGCACCAAGAGUCCUUGAAGGGCCUAAGGAAACGGCAAAGGAUAUCUACUCUCGUAUUGCUGUUGAAAUCAAAAGUAAGUUUGACGAGAAAGGAAUGGCAGGUAUCAAGGAACACAUAUUGGAAAACUUGGAUAAGUGGAAAAAUGUUGAAGUAAAUAUCGUUAUAACGGGAGAAUCUGGAUCUGGUAAGUCCUCUUUUAUCAAUGCAAUACGAAACCUUACAGCUGAUGACGAAGGGGCGGCUGCGGUAGGUUGUGUCGAAACUACUAUGAAAGCGAAGUCCUACGAACAUCCAACAAAUAAAAACUUCAAGCUGUGGGAUCUGCCAGGGGUCGGAACACUUAAAUUCAAGAGAGAGGACUACUUACGCCAGAUAGACUUUUCUAAAUUUGAAUUCGUCAUAAUCAUGUCUUGCGACAGGUUUACACAAAAUGAUGCCUGGCUUGCAAAGGAAAUGAAAAGAAUGCAGAAGAAAUACUUCUUUGUGAGAACGAAAGCCCACACAGAUGUCAAAAAUAACAAGAAAAGCCACCCAAGGAGCCAUGACAAGGCCGUAGUACUUGCAGGUAUUAGAGAAAAUUGCCACAGGCAUUUGAAGGAAAAUGGGCUUCCACCCUUGCGUGUUUUUCUCAUAGACAAUAUGAAAACGAAUGAAUACUCAGAUUUUGAAAGGCUAGAAUUGUGUCUGAUUGCUGAAUGCACUGACCAGCAAAGAGAUAUGAUAACAUUUACACUUUCAAAUGCAACCAAGGAAGUAAAUCUUGUAAAGAAAAGACGACUCGAAGCAAGAAUUCCAUUCAUUGCACUCAUUUUUGGAUUUAAAUUCAUUGUUUCAGACCUCCGGCGUCUUUUGCACGAUGAGAUGACAUUUUACAAAAGUCAGUUCAGUCUAAACCCCUCAUCACUUAAGCAUGAUGCUCAAGUUUCAAAUGUUUCUGAUCACACAGUUGAGAAAAUAUUGUUGCAAGCAGACAAAGAUUCUGAUACAAUAAGUCAAGUCGAAAAAGAAAUGAAUUCAUUAGCCAGAUUUAUUCCAAUUGUAGCUCAGUUUAAGGUUUCGAAAGCCUGUGCACGGUACUUAAGAGAUUGUCUAGAUUCGAUUUCAGAUGUUGCGAUAAAAGCAAAUGAUGAAAUGGUGAGAAAUAUGAAUGCCGUGAAAAUUUAGUGUCAUAUUUUGAGGACCAAGACAAUUAUUUUCAAACUAUAAAGGGUAAAAGUUGGAAACAUUAAUAUAUUUGAGAAGCGAAAGGUAUACAAAAUAAAAUCUGAAAAAGAGAUCCUUAGGAAGCAAAGAAUGCAACCAAGAAGAAUACUGAUUUAUCAACUGUUUAAUAAAAAACUAGAUAUUUCUUUGAAAUUUGCAGUCCGAAUCAUCUAGAACGGCAGGCGUAACUUCUAGGCAAUCGAUGCUCCAAAUUAUUAAAAUUACCUGAAUUAUGUUUUACAUGGGCGCAAAAAAUGACAAGUAGUAUUGUAAGUGUUUCGUCUUGCCUGACGUGUCAUUAGCAAGGCAUUUUUCUACAAUGACCAAGGACACAACUAAGGACCCACUGAUAAGAUGCGCGGAAAUAUUUUAUUCAAAUUAAGUCCAAUUAAGUAAAGUAGUAUAAAGAAAUAGGUGUAAAAUGUAUUUUUAGCUCACCUGUCACAAAGUGACAAGGUGAGCUUUUGUGAUUGCGCGGCGUCCGUCGUCCGUCCGUCCGACCGUGCGUGCGUCCGUACCAUUUUGCUUGUGACCACUCUAGAGGUCACAUUUUUCAUGGGAUCUUUAUGAAAGCUGGUCAGAAUGUUAACCUUGAUGAUAACAAGGUCAAGUUUAAAACCGGGUCACAUGCAGUCAAAAACUAAGGCAGUUGUCUAAAUAUAGAAAAAACAUUGUGACCUCUCUAGAGGCCAUAUUUUUCAAUGGAACUUCAUGAAAAUUGGUCAGAAUGUUUACCUUGAUAAUAUCUAGGAAAAAUUUGAAACUGGGUCACGUGCGGUCAAAAACUAGGUCAGUAGGUCUAAAAAUAUAAAACAUUGUGACUUCCCUAGAGGACACAAUUUUAUAAGAUCUUCAUGAAAAUUGGUCAGAAUGGUCAUCUUGAUGAUAUCUAGUUCAAGUUUGAAACUGGGCUACAUGCCUCCAAAAACUAGGUCAGCAGGUCAAAUAAUAGAAAAACCUUGUGACCUCUCUAGAGGCGGAAUUUUUCAUGGGAUCUAUAUGAAAGUUGGUCUGAAUAUUCAUCUUUAUGAUACCUAGAUCAAGUCUGAAAAUGGUUUAUGUGCGGUUAAAAACUAGGUCAGUUGGUCAGAAUGUUUAUCUUGAUGAUAUCUAGGUCAAGUUUGAAACUGAAUCAACUGCAAUCCAAAACUAGGUCAGUAGGUCUAAAAAUAGAAAAACCUUGUGACCUCCCUGGAGGCCAUAUCUUUCAAUGGAUCUUCAUGAAAAUUGGUCAGAAUGUUUAUCUUAAUGAUAUCUAGGUCAAGUUCGAGACUAAAUCAGCUGCGGUCAAAAACUAGGUCAGUAGGUCUAAAAAAAUAAAAACUUUUCGACCUCUCUAGAGGCCAUAUUUUUCAAUGGAUCUUCAUGAAAAUUGGUCAGAAUGUUUAUCUUAAUAAUAUCUAGGUCAAGUUUGAAACAUAGUCAGGUGAGGUCAAAAACUAGGUCAGUAGGUUUAAAAAUGGAAAAACCUUGUGACCUCUCUAGAGGCCAUACUUUUCGAUGGAUCUUCAUUAAAAGUGGUCAGAAUGUUGAUUUUCAAUGAAACUUGAAUGAAACGCGUGCGGACAGGUGAGCGAUUCAGGACCAACAUGGUCCUCUUGUUUUCUUCAUAAUCACUGAAUGACAUGGGUCUACAAUUUCUAGUGAAGAUCGGGGAAAUUGAGUUUUAUUGUUUUAUAAGCAAGAAGUUUUAAAUGAUACAAAACCGAUUGAGAUCAGAAGGGAAAGACAACAUAUCAUUGUGAAUUUCGGGUAUACUCAUAUUUUUUUCCAUGAAUAGAAAGUAUCAUCAACGCUUUAUUCGGUCACUAAGUUGACAUUACCUUAAGGAAAUUACUGUUUGAAUUUCAUAUGCCAUCAAAUAUUUGCUCUACAAAACCAUAGACACAAUAAGGGUAGUUCUGCUCGUUUUGAUCAAGAUUUUUCUCUACAACAUAAAAUUUGAUUGGGCCCUGAUUAAAAAAAAAAAAAAAGCAAAAAAAAACUUCAGUAUGUACUUUUCAAAAAUCGGCAAAUAGACCCGAUAGUGUCGUGUGUUUGUUUGAUCUCUUUGAAAAAUUUUAACCAGACACAAGUUCUCAUUAUGGGAGUCUGUAGGAAAACCACAAAUUUUAUAACAAUUUUGCAAAUAGAUUUUUCUACAAUGUAGAUUUAAAUGAAACUUCUCAUAGUCAUAAAUAAUCAUAUGACCUGUGGAAUGAUGAAAUAAAAUGUGCAUGCCUGUGUGCUUGUUUCAAGAGAUAUGUUACCAUGAGUAAAAGAGGAUCGCUGAUUUCAAGCUGAUUUAAAGACAUUUUUGGAUUUUUUCAACAUAUCAGAUGUUUUCAUUCACAUUUAAACUGUAGAAAGAUACCCACUCUGCCAUUGUAAUGAAAGUACUCACCGGUUGCCAUUAAUUUAUGAAAUUAUUUUCAUUUCGGUAUGCCGAAUCCAGUCAUUAUUCCCUGUUUUCAGGAUAUGAUCAAAUGUGCAGAACUACCUAAAAUAACUCGCUCAAAAACGUCAUUUUGUAAAGAUUACUGUGCAAAUGCCAUUUAUCUUAUGUCAAUACAUAUCAAUUAAGAAAUGAAAUGAAUUUUUUUGAUGUUCUUGCAAAAUGAACGAUAGAAUAGGGUCGGCAAAUCCAUGAAUAGCGAUUCAUGUAUAAUUUGCCGAUCCUGUUCUGCCGUUCAUUUCGCAUGAACACCGAAAAAAAAGUUCUAUUUCUUAUUUUUACAUUAUAUUUCCUAUAUUUCCUUUCCAUUUGUAAACUAUAUAACAUUCUGAAUUGCAUUUAAUUUGUAGCAUUUAACAUUAAACUCAGCUUCUCGGCCAUUCUGUUCACCAGACGGAACAACUGAGACGUCAUCUAAGGAACGUGCUCCCUGACUAUACGCGGAUGUCGUCAAAGCAGCGGUCGGUUAUCACUAAGCAGCGAUGUCGUAACUUUCGCGCUUUUAAUUUUGCUGUUCAUACGAAAUAAACGUCAAAAGUUUCAAUGGAAAAGAAAAGGCGAAUGUAAAUAUUAGACAUUGAAGCCAUUUAUAUAUUCAGUAUAAAGGGAGUAAUGUAUACUAUGUUGCAAUUUUCAGUUUUUCACUCUAGUAAACUUACAAGUCAAUAUUUAUGUUGUCAAAAAAUGAACAGAUAAAUGUUUAACUUUAUUUUUAUCAUUUUGUAGAUUAGUACCAAUGGUAAUGUACUUGAUAUUUUUCUUUCUGAAAUUACCAGAUAAUAUUCACUGAAAAUUAUGUAAUUGAAUAUGACACUAAAAGCAUCUUUGAUAAUGUGCAGCUUUCUAUGAGUGCUUUCCAACACGAGGAAAUGCACUAAACAUGAUACUGAGUAUUUCGAGGGAGGAAGUGUUUUAUAUAACUGUUCAGAUUAAACAUAUGUUGCAUACUGUUUUAGUAUCCCGUUCACAAUAACCUGACAUGGCAAUUACGACUGUAGAAUGCGCUUAAUGCAGUUUUGGAAACUUAUAUUUUAUAUAUAAAAGUAAGUGUUGUAAUAAGCAAAAUUUUCGUGAAUUCUCCUUCUUGUAUACUUAUAUUGAUAAAACAUGUGUAAUUAUAUAUCAAUUCUGAUUUGUCCGAAUGACCCUGCAUCGAAAACAGUACAGUACAAUAGGAUGUUGAAAAUUUUCUACUUGUAAAUAAAUGUAAAUAAAAAUUCGAUAAUUACUUGAAAUAGUAGAUGAUUAUUCCUUUAUCGUCUUAAUCAAUCUCAAUUUUCAAAGGCAAAUCGCUUUAUAUUUUGUCUGUACAAUUUUCACUUUUGUAUUUGGCUGUGUUCGUUUUUCAAAACUUAUGCCAUAUUUGAAUAUAAUGUCUAAAGACUUUUUAACAGUCACACUGGAAUAUCAGAAAAUAGAUAUAAAGCAAUAUCAGAAGUAACAAAGACUUUAAAGUAGAUGCCCGUAGAAUGUGCUACAUAUUAUCUGUUUGCCAGCAGUUUGACUUUUCUAUUUGGUGUGGGUUUAUUCGAUAACAAAGUGAUAAGUGUACGUCU